AUGAGUCCACAAUGGAUGCCGCAAAAUAUUCAGAAAAGACUCUUGCUUUAUGUUUUACAACAGCUUUCAUUGUUUUCAGAGAUUGAUUUACCUAACUUGGAAGAGGUAUCAUUAAAUAAUAUUGUGUUGAAAAAUGUAUCCAUAGACCCUGAAAAAGUAGGUAAAUUACCUGGCUGUAACUUAAGAUAUGGACAAGUGGGUAGUUUAGAAUUGAAUGGAGGAGUCAUGGGUGGAGUUAGCAUUGAUGCUAAUAACGUGGAAAUUGUCAUUGCCCCAGAUUUUGAUAUGAAAGAAGAAAUUAGUAAUAAUGUUCAAUUUCUGUUAGCUCAAAGUACGGCUGAUCUUGCCAAUACUUUGAUGAUUGAUAAAUUAUCCAACGAAAAUGAAUCAUCCGAAGACGAUGCAGAUACGGUGAUGCCUUCAGUGUCGUCUAAAUCCAGAUCAAAUUCAAGCUCUUCCGGCUCGUCUGCAAGAACAAGGCCAUCUGCUUUAAGUGGAGUUAUGACUAGAGCGGUCGAAAUGGCUUUGCUGAGGUUGCAAGUUAAGGUAACUAAUUUGAAUAUCAAGAUAGUCUCAGAAUCGACAGAUUUAGUCUUAAAGGUUGAGGAGGCGUUGUUAAAUACUAUUAACGGCACAAGACAUGUCAAGAUUAAGGGUGUUAAAUUGAUUACUUUGAAGCCUGAGGUGAACCCUGGUGAAUUUUCAGAUGAUAACCCGGAGCAAGAAUCAGAAAACAGCAAUACUUCUGACGAUGACGAAGAUAACGAUAAUGAUUACGGUGAUGAAUCUCUAAUGAACAGCAUGGUAUUUACUCAUGAUGAAGCUAGCUCAAUUUAUAUGAGUGCAACAUCCGAAUCUUUUAACAAACCGAGCAAUAACGAUGACACGAUACAUACAGAGACUACACCAGAAAACAAAGAAUCGCCAAUAUUACUACAUAUUGAUGAUAUAGAUAUUGAAUUCGAGGGACUAAGUAAUAUUAAAAAUUUAGAAAUUGAUGUAGGUGAAGUCAAAGUUGCAGCAGUCCCCAUAACACCGACUAUAAUAUCAAUUUUCAAUAAUAUAUCACAUAAUCUUAAAUUAAAGUAUUACCAGCAACGCAAACUGAACAUGCAUAAACAAAGAUUUAAAUCAAACUUAAGUUUCCCCCAAUAUGCUGAUGACAAUGAUGAAAUAGAAGAUGAAAAUGAACAAAUGCCAAUAUUAGAUGAUAAUGGAGCUUCCUCAGAUCCCUUUUUUGAUAGACUCCGGAUACAUAACAUUAUAGUAAGUGCAACAUCAGCUUUGUUACCAACAGGACAAUUUGCAUCUGCGUCUAAUUCACUUAAUUUUAUUUUUCACAACCUUAAUAUAAAAUAUAAAAAUGAAGCACUUACUUACGGUGGUAUUGAAGUCUUCAAAAUUGUCAAAAUUACUAAUAACCAGGAAUUUGAGGUACUUAGGUUUAAUAAUAGCACUCCACCAACUAAUAAAGAACCAAAAUCACCAGGUGAAUCUACUGAAUCAACAUCAGCACCUUCUAAUUCUUCUAAGGCUGAUGUUCGUUUUGAAGUUUUUACGAAAUUUGAAAAUGAAAUAAAACAUCUAGAGUUUACAAGUUUAUUUUCAAAACAAGCUUUUGUAAACUUAGAUAAGUCUACUUUGCUCUUACUAUUGAAUUUUGGCAUUUCUGUAUCGUCGAUCUAUGACAGUUAUAAUACAAUGAGAUCUACAAUGAAUUCAGUGAACAUUAAUAGGGAAGCCAGAGAUGUUUCGUCAAUUGGAGUAGCGAAAGAAUCAAAUCUUCAGAUUAUAUUACAAACGGCGUCAACUACAAUAAAUGUUAAACUUUCCGAUAACCUGGAUUUGAAAGCUACUAUAUAUCCUAUCUCAUUUAAUUUGUUAAAACAAGGUAUGAGUAUUAACAAGAUAUUAAUAAGUACUGUUUCUAGUGGUAUUGAAACUCUAAUAUCUACGUUGUCUAAUAUUCAAUUAUCUACUAAAUCGCAAGAGUUUAAGUCAUUCAGUAAUAAAUCCGGAUACUCUAAUGGUAGCAAUGAUUCAUUCCCUCGUGAAACUAUGCUUGGUUCAAACCUAACAUUGAGUCUAUCGAAAAUCUCAUCUAAAGCCAGUCUAAAGGAAUUGAAACUUUUAAUCAAGGAAUUCGCUGAUUUUGCAUCAUCCUGGCAAUUAUUAUCGUUGCAGGUUAAUUCUUUGAAAAAUUCUGUUAAAGAUAAAGGAUUUGUUAUAAGUAGUAAAUCAAGUAAGACUGAAAGUUCUUCAAUGCUACUGAACUCGAUGUAUUCUAAUCAAAGACGGUCGAGAAGGUCUAACUUCAAUAAUCCUAGUUUGGUAAAUACAAGCCGUUCUAACCUAGUGUCUUUUAGAUUACACGUUGAUCAUAUUGAAUUCUGUAUAACAAAUGUUUUACCCAAAUUAGGGGAUUUUCAUUUCCAACUAGAAAAGAUAUGUUUCUACAAGCUCAACAAUGAUAUACAAGGUUCGAUCCAUACUUUGAAAGUUGAUAGGAAUUUAGGGAAUGGAGAGGCUGUAAACGAUUUUAUUUAUGAAUUUCAGCGAAAAAAAUAUAAUAAAAUCAAUAUUCCUUUGAUUAUAGUUAAUAUUAAAAGCAACGAGAAAGCAAAUAUCAUAGAUAUAUCUUUAAGGAAUUUCCUGAUUGAAUAUUAUACACGCUGGCUUGAAUUAUUGGAAAAAGAAAUUGAUGAAAAUGCCGUUCUACAUGAUAUUACAGGCCAAAAGAGAGAACCAAGUUCCCUCAAUUCACCGUCUAAAAGGCUUGAUAUUAGGUUUUCGUUAUACGAUUGUGUAAUUGGGUUGAAUCCCGGGAGGUUGAAUUGCAAGAGCUUGUUAAUUAUAAACAAGGGUAAUUCCGACGUAACUUUUGGAUUACAUCAAUUUUAUAUCAAAAGUUCAUUGAGGAAUUUGUCAUUAUUAAUUAUUGAUGAUACGAAAAACAUUAGCUUAUCUAGGACAGAUAGAGAAGCUGCUUCAAAGUCGACAAAUACAGCGUAUGUUUCUCCCUUAUCGUGGUUCACAUCAAGUGGGUAUAUUUCAGUUGGUAACAUUAAUUGUACUCAUCUUGGGAUCACUGUUAACACGGGAAUUCAAGAAAUUAUUCAAAGAAAUGAAAAGUUGGGUCUUCAAGAUAACCUAGCGUUGUUGGAUAUUAAGAUCAACUCAGAUGAACACCAACUCGAUCUUUGUGCAGAUUCAGCGCAUGUUUUGAUACAAAUGAUAAAUGAUUUGAAGCCGCCGUUAAGCUUCACAGAUGAAGAAAAGAUACGAGUAACGGUUAAUGAUCCUAUUAAUCUUUUGAAUGAGAUAGGCGAGAAUGAAUUUAUAAAUGAAUCAAUAACGAAGUCAGCAAAUAAUUCGGAUACAUUUGAGGAUCUCACAAUAUCUAGAAAGAGUUCUGAUGCAAAUUCGAAUGCAAAUGAUAUUAAUAUUGUUGAGGAGUAUUAUGACGACUCGCAUACUUCGUCACAAAGUCUUGAAAAUGGUUUUAAUAAACUAAGCAUCAGUGAAUCCGACAAUGCAAAGGACGAUGCGUCUUCUUUGUCAUUUGAUGAAGAACAUUUUAGUAGUAAUGGUGCCGAUCGAUACAAUACUGAAGUAUUUCCGAUAAAAAUGAAUAUUAAUCUUUCUAAAACUAAAAUUUAUUUAUAUGAUGGGUUUGACUGGAAAGGUACUAGAAAAACAAUUAAAGGAGCUGUUAAGAGAGUUGAAGCUCAAGCGUUGCAAGAAUUAGAGAGGGUAAAAGAAGACGAGUCUAGGAAACAUUUGAAAAAAAAUAUGCAAGUUACAUUUGAUGAGCCAGAACAUAAUAUUGCAGAAGAUAACGAUGGAAAUGAUAAUGAAAAUAGCUCUGAUAAUCAACUGUUAAUCGGCGAGACUUUAUUCCAGUCGAUUCAUCUCAGUGUACCGAGAGGUUCCAAUCCCUCAAGUUUAACUAAAAAUAUCAAUAAAUCUGUUCAGAAUUAUUUUGAUAAUGAAGAUUCAAAUGACCUGAGCAUAAACUGCAACAUUGAAACUGGAAGAAACUAUAAGAAUUUGAAGUUACGCCGAUCUAGGAAUCAUAAAAUCUCAAUAGAUUUAAAAAAUAUCGAAGUCAAUAUGGCGAUACUAACCACACGAGACCCAAGAAGAGAUAAGGAGGUUCCUGAUGUGAAAUAUGAAGUCACUAAUUCCAUAGAUUUAAGGAUUGAAGAUAUCGAUAUAUAUGACAACAUUCCCAAUUCUACCUGGAACAAAUUUUUAAGUUACAUGAAUUCCUUAGGAGAGCGGGAAAUUGGGACUAGUAUGCUUAAGGCAUCAAUUACUAAUGUAAGACCUAAUCCUGAGUUAUGUUCAACUGAAGCUAUGAUAGACAUAUCAAUUUUGCCUAUUAGACUCCAUGUCGAUCAGGACGCAUUAGAUUUUUUUAUAAGGUUCUUUGAUUUUAAGGAUAAAAGAUUUGAAUUACCUAUAGACGAAAUUAUCUAUAUUCAAAUGUUCAAGGUAAGCAGCAUAAAGUUAAAGUUGGACUAUAAACCAAAAAAAAUCGACUAUUCAGGUAUUAGGUCUGGAAAGGUAUCGGAAUUCGUCAACUUUUUCAUAUUGGAUGGAUCUGAACUAAGCUUGCCAAAACUAAAGCUUUAUGGACUACUCGGAAUGCCUAUGCUAGGAGCAGAACUAACAAAAGCAUGGGCACCGAAUAUUCAACAAACCCAAUUAUCGGGGCUCCUCGCUGGAUUAUCCCCAUUUAGAUCCAUAGUCAAUAUAGGCGGCGGUUUCAAAGAUCUCGUUGCGGUGCCUAUCAAAGAAUAUCGAAAAGAUGGUAGACUAAUGAGAAGCUUACAGAAAGGAACUUCGAAAUUUGCUAAGACUACUGGUUACGAAUUGCUAAACUUGGGUGCUAAAUUGGCCUCUGGUACACAGGUUGUAUUGGAACAAUCAGAAGAGGUGUUUGGCGGAGAAGGAUCGUCAGCAAGGUCUCCGAAGAACAAGCUUGACAAACAUGGAAAAAUACAAGAUGACGAUAAUGAAGAUAUCUACACUCCAAGCAAUACGAGUAAAGGAAAUACCAACUUAUUAGCUUCUUCCCAAUUGCUCAAUAAAAGUAUUGCUGUAGAUAACGAUCCAUACGGUAAGAAGAAAUUAUAUUCGUAUAUUGAAUUAGACGAGUCUGAUGAUAUUGAUGACAAAAUUCUAGAGAAUUCGCUAUUGUUAAUGAAUCCUAAGGACAUCAAAGAAUCAAGGCAACUCCAGGUCGUAAGCGAAGAAGGCGAACUACAGGAACUCGAUGAGAAGGAAGAGUUGGAUGAUGAAGAUGCCAUUAAAUUGGUUAGUCUUUAUUCAAAUCAGCCCGAAAACACGCAGCAAGGGCUUAAAUUGGCCUACAAGUCUCUCGGUGAAAACUUCAAAAUUACUAAAAAAGCUGUCAAUAAUCUACGCAAGGAGCUUAAUGCAUCAUCCAACGUGCAGGAGUCUCUUAAAUCUAUGGUGAAAUCUUCACCAAUACUAAUCAUUAGGCCGAUGAUUGGCACGUCUGAAGCUUUACUGAAGGCCUUGAUGGGUAUCAGCAACGAAAUAGAUUCAAAUCAUAUUGUUGAAUCUAAGGACAAAUACAGAUAUGAUACCGCCUCAGAGAGAUAA